CACGGUUUACUAACAAAACAUUCAUGUUUGUAAAAUUGGUCAUCUCUUAAGCUUUGUUGAAGUGAUUUGGUCUGUUAUUAAUGGCGGAAACAGAGCAUUCUUCUUCUGGCCAGUUUCUUAAAGAUGAAUCAAGUAUCUCAUCCACCUCAGAGGUGAAUAAUGAGGAAUCAAAAAAUCAUGAAUUUUCAGAGGAUGAGGAUACUCUGAUCAGAAGGAUGUUUAAUUUAGUGGGAGAGAGAUGGUCUUUAAUUGCUGGGAGAAUUCCUGGAAGAAGUGCUGAGGAAAUUGAAAAGUAUUGGAGAUCAACUUACUCAUGAUCAUCUUCAUUUGGGUAUAUCAUGAAGUUGAUGAAGAAGAAGCAUGAAUCAUUAAACUUAAUUCACUGUUUUGUUUAUUGCAUUUGAUGUACAUCUAUUUUAAUUAUUUGUAUUUCUAGUUAUCAUUAAACUUUGAAGAUCAUAUGUAUCAUUUUAAUUUCCCUAUUUUUGUUGUAAUAUAUAUCUUCUUUUUAAGGAUAAAAUCUAUCAUACAAGAUUUUGUCUUUUUUAAAAAGAACUGUUGAAAAUAAAAUAGUCCCAAAUAGUAAGUAUUUUUUUUAUCACA